AUGCUGGAUCAGAGUUCCAAAGCUGACGUUCAUCCUGCUAAUGCUGAUGGAAUUUUCAAAUCGGUCAAGGCUUUUAGCCAGAGUGAUGGUAGGUGGCGCUAUAGUUCAAAUAACCCUGAAUCCAGUGCAUUUGCUGCUGGAAUUGCUCUUGAAACACUUGCAGGAGUUGUUUCGUUAGCAUUUUCUGAACUUGACCAAUCAUUGAUCAGUACUCUCAAUAAUGAUAUAAGCAAGCUUUUUGACAGUAUUGAGAAACAUGGUACCUUAGCAACCACCUCGUCUGUUGUUAGAGGACUUGCAGCAUUUGCAGCAGUGAGUGAUGGGAGUGUUAUUCUCCGUUGGGAAAGUUCACUCAUCCUUCCAGGAAACAAGAUACUUGGAUUGGCUAACUUUUUCCUUGGUAUUGGAGUUCCUGGUGAUGCCAAAGAUUUACUCAACCAAAUAGAUUCCUUAACUUGUCUGGAAAGCAACAGGGUUUCCAUCCCACUGAUCCUAUCACUUCCAGCUACAGUGCUUUCGUUGACCAAAAAGGACUCAAUCCAGGUUAAAGUUAACACUGUGCUUGGUUCAAAUGCACCACCUCUUACUGUGAAGCUUGUGGGAGCUUUUACUUCUGGUUCAAAGGAAGCAUCUCUAGUUGAAAACCAGGAACUUGUGUUUGAUGCUGGAACUAGGCUACAUAACUUGAACAACUUGACAAAGAGUAUAGAUGUUGGAAGUUAUACAUUUGUUUUUGAGAUUGUGCUUCAUAAACCUGAGGAUGAAAAGGUUUAUGUCACGGAAGGCCCAAAGAAAGUACCAAUAUUUGUCUCAGGACUUAUCAAAAUUGAAAACGCAGAAGUUGCUAUACUUGACAGUGAUCUUGGGAGGAUAGAAACACAGAAAAAGCUAGAUGUAGCUGGACAAUGUGCUGUGUCAUUAUCAGCAAACCAUCUCCAAAAGCUACGUGUAUCCUUUAAGUUGACAACUCCUCAUGGACUUGCUUUUAAGCCACAUCAGGCAUUACUCAAGUUGAGACAUGAAAGCAAGGUUGAACACAUCUUUGUGGUUGGAAACUCUGGAGAGCAGUUUGAAAUAGUUCUAAAUUUUCUUGGGGUGGUUGAGAAAUUCUUCUCUCUCUCAGGCAGAUAUGACAUUGAGCUCACUGUUGGUGACGUUGUUAUGGAGAACUCUUUAUUACGAGCUAUUGGGCAUAUUGGGUUAGAUGUACCAGAACCACCUGAGAAGGCACCCCGCCCUCCUCCACAACCUGUUGAUCCCUACUCAAGAUAUGGGCCCAAAGAAGAGAUAACACACAUCUUCAGGGCUCCCGAAAAGCGUCCUAAGAAGGAGCUUUCUUUUGCUUUCCUGGGUCUUAGCUUCUUGCCAUUACUUGGAUUAUCGAUUGGGCUAUCACGGUUGGGGGUGAAUUUGAAGAACUUUCCUAGUACCGAUACUGUAGCUGCCACAUUUGCCAUUUUCUUCCACGUUGGCAUCGGAGCAGUUCUGAUACUCUGUGUUUUUCUGGUUGAAGGUAAUUCCACCUGUCUCGUGAAAAGAUUAUACCAAAACUCCAUGUUAGCAUCGGAAGCGUAGUCAUUCACCCCUUCCAAUGCUGCUAAAGGAGGAGAGCUCGUGAAAUACUGAUGCGUUUGUGGGUCCCGAGCAAAACCCACUUCAAAAUCGGCGGCCAUGCCGGAAUUAUCAGCCGAUAACACUUCCGACCAGAAGUUCUCGUCGAUCGCGGAGGCACCAUCUCCGUUGGUUUCGGUGUUGGUGGUGGUACCGCUGCUGCUGUUUCUGUUGUUGUCGUUCUCGGUUUUCGUUAGUGUUGAAGACUCGCUGGUGGAUCGUU